AUGGGAGAUGGCCCCUCGCCAGAGUGGGAUGCGCAUCCCGCCAACCCGUACUCGUGGCCGAGCCGCAAGAAGUGGUCCGUCAUGUCCACCGCCCUCGUCGUCACCUUCGUCGUCGGCCUCAACGCCACCUCCAUCACCACCGCCUCAGAUGAGCUCUCCGCCGACUUCCACCUCGGCGCCGACAGCAGCAUCGAGUACAACUUCUUCGCCGUCACCGCCUGGAACGCCGCCGCCGCCGCGGUGCCCCUCGCGACACUGCCGCUGAUGGACACCUAUGGCGUGAGAUUGGGGUAUCUGACCUGCCAUGUUCUCUUCACCAUCUUCCUUGCCCCGCAGGCGCUGGCGCCCAACUUCGCCACGCUCGUCGCCUGCCGCGCCGUCGCCGGCGCCGCCGGCGGCACCCUGCAGAACGCGGCCGACGGCAUCGCCGCCAACCUCUUCCCGCACAGCCGCGACCGCACCCUUCCUCUCACCCUCUACGUCUUCUCCCUCGUCUUUGGCGUCACCAUGGGCCCCGUGCUCGGCGCCGUCGUCGAGCCGCUCACCUGGCGCUGGAUAUUCUGGAUCCAGCUCAUUCUCUGCGGCGCCUUGACGCCCGCCGUCUUCCUCUUUCUCAAGGAAACGCGGGGCUCCGUCCUCUACCCGCUAUACUUCCCCUCCUCCGACGCCGCCAGCGCCGAAUCCUCUCCGCCCACCACCACCACCACCACCACCAAGGCGGCUCUCGCAGAACUGCGCACCGCAACCACGCGCUCCUUCCUCCUCCUCACCACCGAGCUCACCGUCGCGCUCUUUACGCUAUGGUCCUCCUUCGCCUUCGGCCUCGUCUUCCUCUCCUCGCAGUCCAUCCCCCUCGUCUUCCUCUCCGCCUUUUCCUGGCCCGCCUACCGCAGCGGCCUCGUCCAAGCCGCCCUCGGCCUCGGCCAGGUCCUCGGGCUCGCCGCGUGCCUUCUCCAGUGCCGCGCGUACGCCCGCGCCCCCGCGCCCGAGACCAUCCUGCACCUCGCCGUGCCCGCGACGCCGAUCGCGCUCGCGGGGGGGUUGUUCGCGUACGGGUGGAGCGUGCACCAACCCCAUUGGAUCGUCGCGGCGGUCGGCCUGGCGCUGGUCGGCUUUGCGAGCAUGGUGGUGGUCAACUCGGCGAGCAUCUACGUGACGGAUGCCUACCCUGCGUUCGCGGCCAGCGCGAUCGCGGCGGUCGCGUUUGGCGAGAACAUGUUUGCUGCGUUUCUGCCGCUGGCCACCAAGCCCAUGUAUGAGCGAUUGGGUUACGAUUGGGCGAGCAGCUUGCUCGGGUUCGUCGGGCUUGCGCUCACCUUUGCGCCGCUUCUGCUACUCUUCAACGGCAAGAAAAUUCGAAGUAAAAGCACAUUUAACCAAUAG